AAGUAAGAGGUUCAUUGGGGGAAGACCGGCCGGAUCAGGGUCCCCGGGCUCCGCUUUGGCCAGACUCACCGAAAGAAGCAGUGCCGGGCGACCCUGCACCCAUCCCCACUGGUUCGCUGCACCCACUCUGCUUCCCAAGAAAGAAAGUGAGAAUGCACCGAGGGGGUUGUGGCACUGAUGGGGAAACCUCCCGGUAGCCCGACUUGAUCUGGCACCUGGGGCAGUGUGGAGCUGUAGAGUCCGACAGGGACCUGUGGCAAGUCCGGUGAGCAGCUGUCUCUUCUGCCAGGAACGCUGAUGCCUGCCCAGAAGCUGGAGUCCCUACCCCAGCACCUUAUUCACAGGAGGAUGGGACUUUUGUGGUGUGUGAUGAGUCUCUACUUCUAUGGGAUCCUACAAAGUGAUGCCUCAGAACGCUGUGAUGAUUGGGGACUUGAUACCAUGAGGCAGAUCCAAGUGUUUGAAGAUGAGCCAGCUCGCAUCAAGUGCCCACUCUUUGAACAUUUCUUGAAAUACAACUACAGCACAGCUCACUCGGCGGGCCUUACUCUGAUCUGGUAUUGGACGAGGCAGGACCGGGACCUGGAGGAGCCGAUUAACUUCCGCCUCCCUGACAACCGCAUCAGUAAGGAGAAAGACGUGCUCUGGUUCCGACCCACCCUCCUCAAUGACACGGGCAACUACACCUGCAUGUUAAGGAAUACCACAUACUGCAGCAAAGUUGCGUUUCCUCUGGAAGUGGUUCAGAAAGACAGCUGCUUCAAUUCCUCCAUGAAACUCCCACUGCAUAAACUGUAUAUAGAGUAUGGUGUUCAGAAGAUCACAUGUCCAAAUGUAGAUGGAUUCUUUCCUUCCACUGUCAAACCAACCAUCACUUGGUACAUGGGCUGUCAGAAAAUAGAGGAUUUUAAUAAUGUGAUACCUGACGGCCUGAACUUGAGUUUUCUCAUAGCCUUGGUUUCAAACAAUGGAGAUUAUACAUGUGUUGUUACAUAUCCAGAAAAUGGGCGUACCUUCCAUCUCACUAGGACUCUGAGUGUAAAGGUGGUAGGCUCUCCAAAAGACGCAUUGCCUCCUCAGAUCUAUUCACCCAAUGAUCUUGUGGUCUACGAGAAAGAACCGGGAGAGGAGCUACUCAUCCCCUGUACAGUCUAUUUCACUUUCCUGAAGGAUGCUCGCAAUGAGGUUUGGUGGACCAUUGACGGAAAAAAGCCAGACGACACCAAUAUUGAUGUAACUGUUAAUGAAAGUGUAAGUUUGACUGCAACUGAAGAUGAAACAAGAACUCACAUUUUGAACAUCAAAAAAGUUACUGCUGAGGAUCUCAAGCGCAACUAUGUCUGUCAUGCUAGAAAUGCCAAAGGGGAGGUUGACAAAGCAGCCAAGGUGAAACAGAAAGCUCCAAGAUACACAGUGGAAUUAGCAUGUGGUUUUGGAGCCACAGUCCUGCUGGUAGUGAUUCUCAUUGUUGUUUACCACGUUUACUGGCUGGAGAUGGUCUUAUUUUACCGGGCUCAUUUUGGAACAGAUGAAACCAUUUUAGAUGGGAAGGAAUAUGAUAUUUAUGUAUCUUAUGCAAGGAAUGCUGAGGAAGAAGAGUUUGUGUUACUGACCCUCCGUGGAGUUUUGGAGAAUGAAUUUGGAUACAAGCUGUGCAUCUUUGACCGUGACAGUCUACCUGGGGGAAUUGUCACAGAUGAGACCUUGAGCUUCAUUCAGAAAAGCAGACGCCUCCUGGUUGUCCUAAGCCCCAACUACGUGCUCCAGGGAACCCAAGCCCUCCUGGAGCUCAAGGCUGGCCUAGAAAACAUGGCCUCUCGGGGCAACAUCAACGUCAUUUUAGUACAGUACAAGGCGGUGAAGGAGACGAAGGUGAAAGAGCUGAAGAGGGCUAAGACGGUGCUCACGGUCAUUAAAUGGAAAGGGGAGAAAUCCAAGUAUCCACAGGGCAGGUUCUGGAAGCAGCUGCAGGUGGCCAUGCCAGUGAAGAAAAGUUCCAGGUGGUCUAGAAGUGGCGAGCAGGGUCUCUCCUAUUCAUCCUUGAAAAAUGUAUGAAAGGGACAACGAAAGGGGUAAAAAGAACCAAGGGAACUCCAGGAAGGAAGAGUCCCCUUUCUUUAUUCCCAAUUUCUUGUUUCACAGACAGAAAAGAAUUCUGUCGAAGCCUCCCCCCAGGGAUGUAUUCAGGGUGACUGCAUGACUGGUCGUUCCUCAGGCAAUACUAUGGUAUUAGAAUACUAAUACAAUUGUCUGUUUCCUCAGGCAAUACUCUGGUUUAGAAUGGUCCUGCCACCAGUCUGUCACCAGUGUCUGAUGUCACUAUGUUCUUCGCAGGCAGACUUGGUUGAUGCGAAUUUCCCCUUUCUGCAUCCUCUGUCCCUGUUCCCACAUCUCUAUUCCCUCUUCUUUCUCGUUGUUUAUAAUCUUAACAGUGUGGGGCAGCCUUUUGCUUGGAUUUCAAGACCCCUUAAAGAUAACUCAUUUGCUAACAAGGUCUUAAUGAGUUUCCAAGUCAUUUUCUUUGUAUUUUUACUCGUCGGUUAAACAGAUAAUCAGUGCCCAAAUUAAUUUGAGCUGAUGACAAUGAGCUCUUCUGCUCAUUCUGCUGGGAAGUGCCCCAUCUCAGCCAGACUGACACCCACACAGGACUCUAUGAAGCAGUGUAACUGAAAGUGUUCCUUAUGAUGGUUUGAAAGGGCUUGCCUGCAUUUUCUCCUAAAUCCCUCGUGCCCUCCAUCUCAGUCACUGAUGUCAUAAUUGUCAACUUGAAAAACAUACCAUUUUAUUGCAGUAAACUCCUAGAUAUACGUAGGUCGACCUGUAUUUUUCACUUCAUCUUCCCUAUCUACUGUACCUCAUAUCAACCAUUUAGAGUUUGCAGAUGGCUCCACACGUGGUUCAGUCUGACAGGAAGCUUCUAAUGGUGCUAAGAGAGAGUGAAAUAACAGCAAAAUGCUUUUAGGGCAUUUUCUGGCUUGUGAGAAAAGCACAGAACAGGGUGUUCAGCAGUUUGUCUUUUCAUCUUAGCCUUGCUAAUGUGAAUAUUAGGAAAGUGAUUUCUCCUCACUUGUUCUGACUCUCCACUAUAAAAUGUGGCAGUUAGACUCAAUGACCUUGCAAGUUACUUUUAGCAUUAAUAUUCUAAGAGAAUUAACUGGACCACCCAGUAUUUUCCAUAUUUUAUUCCCUGGUACAGUUAAUACGCUCACUCCGAACAAGUCAGUCUGAAAAGUCUCUUCCUUGAAACUUGUUUUACUUCGUUUUAAAUAAGAUUGUACCGUUCUUAAGACUUGGAAAAGUGAAAACUAAGUCCAGAGUUUACAGAGUGGUGAAUACCUGCGGUGUACAUAUAUCCAUACCUAUAUACACACACACACAUAUAUACGUAUAUGCACACACCCAUGAAUUAUAUGUGUAUA